AUGCAGUUUUUAAAAUGGAUCGAGCUCGCGCUCAUCGCGGCUCUCACCCCCCAGGCGCUGGCUCAGGUCGGGAAUGCUCACGACCGCAACGGCAGCCCCCGCCACAGAAUCGCCCACCAUGCCGGGCAGCCCGCUUCAGCCCGCCAGCCUACACACGACGGUGCACCGGUGCUCGCAGGGACCCCGCCCAAUUCCGAUUGGGUACAGUUCGACGACCACGAGAGUGCGCGUGAGCGUAGCGACAUUAUCCAAAAGGCUUUCAGUCGACACAGGCCCGAGCCUGUACACGACGGCACGUCCCUGCUCUCACCGAACCACGUGUAUUCGGAUACACACGCCCCGAGGCCUCGUGGCCUCCAAGCUCGCGGGGAAGAAAGGAUCCAGUCGCUCACGCACCGCCACGACGGGCAGAGCGACAGCGACACGGACAGCGACGACAGCGAUGAUGAGCGCCGCAGCACUCGGCGGCGUACAAAGGCGCCAGUCGGACAGCAGAAGGGAGCGACUCGGCAGACUUUGAACAAGCCGCCGAGCUCGGGUAAUGUCGGGGGCGCCAAACCUCUCAGCCGUCGCCAUGGCGGCAAUGCCAUCAACGCCGACCAUGCCGCCCCCAGUACCGGUGGUCGGGGCGUGCACCGUGACCUUAUUAGCUACGGCCCUGGUCACUCCGCACCCCCUUUGUCGCCGACCCAUAACAUCCAUGGCGUGCCCCUCGAGAGCUCGCCUGAUGACGACAUCGAGACUGAGAGUCACAAGGGCUCGUCCGGCCGCAAACCCAGGACUUUCCACGCCUAG